CCAUGGUGAUCGCUCAAGGCGGAAGUUAGGUGUGUGAGGGGGAGAACUGUUUCCGGGUUGAAAGUCGGGAACGGCACGAGACAAGAGUGAGAGAUGGCAGCGCAGUUACAGGAGAAGCUGCAGGCCGAGGUCACCAAGUACCAGCAGGUGCAGAAAGAUAUCAGCAGUGGCAUGUCAGCCCGACAAAAACUAGAAGCUCAGCUCACCGAGAACAACAUAGUGAAAGAGGAGCUGGCUCUGCUAGAUGACAGUAACACUGUGUAUAAGCUUAUGGGGCCCGUCCUGGUGAAACAAGAUUUAGAAGAGGCAAAAUCCACGGUGGAGAAGAGACUGCAGUAUAUAAAUGGAGAAAUAAAGAGAUACGAAACUUUACUGAAGGACUUGGAACAGCGAUCGGAUCAGCAGCGCGCCUCCCUGGCAAAGCUUCAGCAAGAAUACCAGCGGGCGCAGGGGAAGGGGGCAGCGGCAGCGGUGAAGGCUUGAGAGGGCACUAUUCCCCAUCACUAUUUAUACACUGGAGGGACAUGGCUUCUUCUGUUCUCCUGGUCACAGGUCAUCACGCUUAUUCUUUUGCCACCUAUCAGAGGGGUUACGGUGGCGGGGAGGGGGGCCGCUGUAUCAUGGACAUGACUUAUUAAACCUAUUCACAAGG